AACUCCCCCUCGUCCUCUCUCACUUGCUUUCCUUCUCCACUUCUUCACACAGAGAGAGAGAGAGAGAGAGAGAGAGUGAGCUCGCUCAUGGUCAUGGUCGCCUCCAUCGCCAGAUAAAGCAAGCUUAGCAGAUGCCCACAUAAAGAUAUUCUCUGAUCUUCUGCUGCUUUUCCUUCUUCUUCUUCUUCUUCUCGAUCUUCUUCGUUCUGUUGUAGCUAGAGAGAGAGGAGAGGGCGUGAAAAGUACUGAAUUUUGAGUUGGGUUUCAAUGGGGAGGGGAAGGGUGCAAUUGAAGAGGAUAGAGAACAAGAUCAACCGGCAGGUCACGUUCUCGAAGCGGCGUGUCGGGCUGCUCAAAAAGGCCCACGAGAUCUCCAUCCUCUGCGACGCCGAGGUCGCCCUCAUCAUCUUCUCCACCAAGGGCAAGCUCUUCGAGUACUCCUCCGAUUCCUGCAUGGAAAGAAUCCUCGAGCGAUAUGAGAGAUACUCAUAUGCGGAAAGGCAGAUUCUUGGAAGCAAUGGUAGUAAUGAAACGCAUGACUGGCAUUUAGAGCAUGCAAAGCUCAAAGCAAGAGUGGAGGUUUUACAAAGAAACCAAAGGCAUUAUAAAGGGGAAGAUCUCGAUUCUCUGAGCCUCAAGGACCUUCAGAGUUUGGAGCAUCAACUUGAUUCAGGUCUCAAGCAUAUAAGGACUAGAAAGAAUCAACUGAUGCAUGAAUCAAUAUCUGAGCUUCAGCGCAAGGACAAGGCAUUGCAAGAGCAAAACAACGUGCUUCUUAAGAGGGUGAAGGAGAAGGAACGGAAGGAGAAGGAGAUGGCAGAGUCUCAGGUGGCUUCUUUGGAUCGACAGCAUAACGAGCACUCCGUAAACUCGGCCGUAGUUGUCCUGCCCCCUGCAUCGAAUCCUCUCAGCAGCUUCAGUCCUUGUCAAGAAAGACUAGAUGGACGUUUGGAUGGAGGAAAGUCGGCCCAGCUGAACCGAGCCGCUUCUCUUCUUCCCCCAUGGAUGCUUCGGGAAGAUCUAAACUGACGAAACGAAAGAACGAUCCUGAUAUGCAUUUUUUAUGUCCAUAAAUCAUAUUAUGUAGACGUAUCUAUAAUCUAUAUCUCUACAUAUAUAUAUAAGAAGGGAUAGUAGUUUCCUGAAUCUUGAGCAUCCUUUUUAUGAAAACUGUGACAUCGUUCAGAGUGUGUCAAUGUAGAGAGGUAUAGAUCAAUGAGCCUGCUUUUGUCUUGAUGUAUAUCAUAUUUCUGGUCAAUGUAUUCUGGUACGUACAGAUAUAUAAUUAUAUAUAUUGGAAUAAUUAUUAUGCUGUA